GACAACGGUGACAACGUUGACAAUGGUGACAACGGUGACAACAGUGACAACGGUGAACUCCCUGACAAUGCUGACAACGGUGACAACAGUGACAACGAUGACAGGGGUGACGACAGUGACAACGGUGACAACAGUGACAAGGGUGACAACAGGACAACACAGUGACAACGGUGACAACAGUGACAUCAGUGACAACGGUGACAACAGUGACAUCCGUGACAACAGUGACGACAGUGACGACGGUUAGAACUGUGAAAACGAUGACAACAAUGACAAUGGUGACUACAGUGACAAUAGUGACAACGGUCACAACACUGACAAAAGAGACAAUUGUGAAAACAGUGACAAUGGUGACAACGGUGAUGACGGUGACAACAGUGACAACCGUGACAACAGUGAGAACGGUUGCAAGAGUGGCAACAGUGACGAUGGUGACAACUGUGACAACGAUGACAACAGUGACAAUGGCGACAACGGUGACAACAGUGACAACAGUAACAACGGUGACAACAGUGACAAAAGUGACAAUGGUGACAACAAUGAUAACGGUGACAACGGUGAACACAGUGACAUCUGUAACAACAGUGACAACCGUGACAACAGUGACAAUGGUGACAACGGUGACAAGAGUGACAACCGUGACAAUAGUGACAAUGGUGACAACAGUGACAAUGGUGACAUUGACAACAACUGUGACAACAGUGACAACCGGACAACGGUGACAAGAGUGACAACAAUGACGACAGCGACAACGGUGACAGCAAGGCAACGGUGACAAAAGUGACAACGGUGACAGCAGUGAGAACAGAGACAACGGUGACAACGUUGACAAUGGUGACAAUGGUGACAACAGUGACAACGGUGACAUCAGUGACAAUGGUGACAACAGUGACAAAAGUGACAACGGUGACAACAGUGACAACAGUGACAUUGGUGACAACAGUGACCAGAGUGACAACCGUGACAAUGAUGACAAUGGUGACAAAAGUGAAAACGGUGACAACGGUGACACCAGUGACAACGGUGACAAGAGUGACAACAGUGACGAUGGUGACAACUGUGACAACGAUGACAACAGUGACAACAGUGACAAUGGUGACAACGGUGACAACAGUGACAACAGUAACAACGGUUACAACAGUGACAAAACUGACAAUGGUGACAACAGUGACAACGGUGACAUCUGUCAGAACAGUGACAACCGUGACAACAGUGACAACCGUGACAACAGUGACAACGGUGACAACGGUGACAACGGUGACAAGAGUGACAACCGUGACAAUAGUGACAAUGGUGACAACAGUGACAAUGGUGACAUUGUUGACCUUAGUGACAACUGUGACAACAGUGACAACCGUGAUAACGGUGACAAGAGUGACAACAGUGACGAGGGUGACAAUAGCAACAAUGGUGACAGCAAGGCAACGAUGACGAAAGUGACAACGGUGACAGCAGUGAGAACAGAGAGACCGGUGACAACAGCCACAACAGUGACAACGGUGACAAUGUUGACAAUGGUGACAAUGUUGACAAAAGUGACAACGGUGACAACGGUGAUAUCAGUGACAAUGGUGACAACAGUGACAAAAGUGACAACGGUGACAACAGUGACAGUGGUGACAACGGUGAUUACAGUGACAACCAUGACAACAGUGACAACGAUGACAAUGGUGACAUUAGUGACAACCGUGACAACAGUGAUAACGGUGACAACCGUAACAACAGUGACAACCGUGACAACAGUGAAAAGAGUGACAACCGUGACAAUAGUGACAACAGUGACAAUGGUGACAGUCACAAUGGUGACAAUAGUGACAUUAGUGACAACUGUGACAACAGUGACCAGUGACCACUGUGACAACGGUGACAAGAGUGACAACAGUGACGACGGUGACAACUGUGACAACGAUGACAACCGUGACAACGGUGACAACAGUGACAUCUGUAAGAACAGUGACAACCGUGACAACAGUGACAACGGUGACAAGAGUGGCAACAGUGACAUCUGUAAGAACAGUGACAACCGUGACAACAGUGACAACGGUGAAGACAGUGACAACCGUGACAAUAGUGACAGUGACAACAGUGACAACAGUGACAACACAACAGUGACAACACAACAGUGACAACGGUGACAACAGUGACAACAACAGUAAACGGUGACAAUAGUGACAACAAACAGUGACAACGGUGACAACAGUGACAACGGUGAACUCCCUGACAAUGCUGACAACGGUGAAAAGGGUGACAACAGUGAGAACAGUGACAACAUUGACAACAUCAGUGACAACAGUGACAACAGUGACAACAACAAUGGUGACAACAAGUGACAACAGUGACAAUGGUGACAUCAUUGACAACAGUGACAAUGACAACGACAACAGUGACAACAGUGACAAUGGUGACAAUAGUGACAAUAGUGAUAAUGGUGACAACAGCGACAAUGGUGACAUUGGUGACCUUAGUGACAACUGUGACAACUGUGACAACAGUGACAACCGUGACAACGGUGACAAGAGUGACAACAGUGACGACGGUGACAACAGUGACAACGGUGACAGCAAGGCAACGGUGACAAAAGUGACAACGGUGACAGCAGUGAGAACAGAGACAACGGUGACAACAGUGACAACAAUGACAACGGUGAAAACCGUGACAACAGUGACAACUGUGACAACAGUGACAACGGUGACAACAGUGACAACAGUGACAACGGUGACAACAGUGACAAAACUGACAAUGGUGACAACAAUGAUAACGGUGACAACGGUGAACACAUUGACAUCUGUAACAACAGUGACAACCGUGACAACAGUGACAAGGGUGACAACAGUGACAAGAGUGACAACAGUGACAAUAGAGACAAUGGUGACAACAGUGACAAUGGUGACAUUGGUGACCUUAGUGACAACUGUGACAACAGUGACAACAGAGACAACCGGGACAUCGGUGACAAGAGUGACAACAGUGACGACAGCGACAACGGUGACAGCAAGGCAACGGUGACAAAAGUGACAAUGGUGACAGCAGUGAGAACAGAGACAACGGUGACAACGUUGACAAUGGUGACAAUGGUGACAAAAGUGACAACGGUGACAUCAGUGACAACGGUGACAACAGUGACAAAAGUGACAACGGUGACAACAGUGACAACAGUGACAUUGGUGACAACGGUGACCAGAGUGACAACCGUGACAACAGUGACAAUGAUGACAAUGGUGACAACAGUGACAACGGUGAGAACGGUGACAUCAGUGACAACGGUGACAAGAGUGACAACAGUGACGAAGGUGACAACUGUCACAACGAUGACAACAGUGACAACAGUGACAAAACUGACAAUGGUGACAACAAUGAUAACGGUGACAACGGUGAACACAGUGACAUCUGUAACAACAGUGACAACCGUGACAAUGGUGACAACCGUAACAAUGGUGACAACAGUGACAAUGGUGACAUUGGUGACCUUAGUGACAACUGUGACAACAGUGACAACCGUGACAACGGUGGCAAGAGUGACAACAGUGACGAGGGUGACAACAGCGACAACGGUGACAGCAAGGCAACGAUGACAAAAGUGACAACGGUGACAGCAGUGAGAACAGAGAGAACGGUGACAACAGCCACAGCAGUGACAACGGUGACAACGUUGACAAUGGUGACAAUGUUGACAAAAGUGAUAACGGUGACAGCGGUGAUAUCAGUGACAAUGGUGAUAUCAGUGACAAUGGUGACAACAGUGACAAAAGUGACAACGGUGAUUACAGUGACAACCAUGACAACAGUGACAACGAUGACAAUGGUGACAUUAGUGACAACCGUGACAACAGUGACAACAGUGACAUUGGUGACAACGGUGACCAGAGUGACAACCGUGACAACAAUGACAAUGAUGGCAAUGGUGACAACGGUGACAACGGUGACAACGGUGACAUCAGUGACAACAGUGACAAGAGUGACAAGAGUGACGAGGGUGACAACAGCGACAACGGUGACAGCAAGGCAACGAUGACAAAAGUGACAACGGUGACAGCAGUGAGAACAGAGAGAACGGUGACAACAGCCACAACAGUGACAACGGUGACAACGUUGACAAUGGUGACAAUGUUCACAAAAGUGACAACGGUGACAGCGGUGAUAUCAGUGACAAUGGUGACAACAGUGACAAAAGUGACAACGGUGACAACAGUGACAGUGGUGACAACGGUGAUUACAGUGACAACCAUGACAACAGUGACAACGAUGCCAAUGGUGAAAUUAGUGACAACCGUGACAACAGUGAUAACGGUGACAACGGUGACAACCGUAACAACAGUGACAACGGUGACAACAGUGACAACAGUGAGAAGAGUGAUAACCGUGACAAUAGUGACAACAGUGACAACAGUGGCCACUGUGACAACGGUGACAAGAGUGACAACAGUGCCGACGGUGACAACUGUGACAACGAUGACAACAGUGACAACAGUGACAACGAUGACAACAGUGACAACAGUGACAACAGUGACGACAGUGACAACGGUGACAACAGUGACAACGGUGAAGACAGUGACAACAGUGACAACGAUG